AUGGGUAUUCCACAAGUAUGGGAAAAAUUGAAGCAAUAUACAGAUAACAGUAGAGUACCUUUUAAAAAAUUUGUUGCUGAUUUUUACCAAGAAAGAAAUAGAUCUCCUAGGAUUGCAAUCGACUGUUACCAAUGGUUAUACGAAUGUGGGUUCUUCAUUAAAGACCUACCGGAACUCCAGCAGGUGGUGAAUGAACAACCAUCGAAACCUAUAUUAAACUUUAUUAGCAGAAUAAGAGACUUUUUGUCAUUAGACAUUACUUUUAUAUUGGUAUUUGAUGGUCCAAUGAAACCAUCGUUUAAGAAUAAACAUAAACUAACUAACUCACUGAUCAGCAAUGAAACGCUGAAUAUUGACCUAACGAAUUAUAAAGAACUAUGGGAUAAUCACCUCAAGAGCCAUCUUAACUUUGACCAUUGUAUGAUGAAUGAAUACAAUAAUGAUACUAGGGCAAUAAAGGAGUUAAAAAAAUUGUUAAAAUUAUUUAAUAUCUCUUUUAUUGAUUCUUGUGGGGAAGCUGAAGCACAGUGUAGCUGGCUCCAGAAGAAUAACUUCGUAGAUUUUGUUUUAAGUAAUGAUUCAGAUAACAUUUUAUUCGGAUGUACAAAGAUAUUAAAAAAUUAUUCUAGAUAUCGUGAAGAUAUCGGAUCUACACAUGUAACAAAAGAUAAUAGACCAGUUAGACGUAAUAGCAAAGAAACAUAUGUCACAGUAGUUGAUAUGGAUAAGAUUGCUCUUUUGGCAAAUGAGCGUUUUGACAAACCUGCUAUCCUUCUUCUAACUGUUUUUCUAGGUGCUGAUUAUAACAAAGGUAUCAAAGGUUUAGGGAAAGAAAAAUCAAUCAUUUUGUCUUCUUUAAGGAACCCAGAUUUUUCUAACCAGUUUUUAUCGAUAUUCAAUUCAUUAAAUACUUCAGAUCUUGAGCAAGAGAGUAAAUAUCAAUCUUUUCAACAAGAAAUAACUGAAUAUUCUAGAAAUAAUUCUUUAAAGUUAUUUGGACGUAACUACAAAUCUCUAUUCAGUUCUCCCAAGUUGGACGGAUGGCCAUCUAAAACAGCUAUUAUGUAUUAUGUUAACCCAUUUGUUAUCCCAAAUUUUGAACCAUCAUGCUUUUCAAAGGAAUAUACAAAUAUAUCUGGCAGUAGUUCUUUUAUUGAAAUAGACUACAAUCCAAUAAGAAAUUUCUUAAACGAUUUAGAAAUAAAACAAAUAGCUUACUUUGAUAAAUGGUUUUGUGAAACUUUAUCCAUAUCAUUCCUUUUAAAAUUUAUCAAGUUACCAAAUAAUAAUAACCUCUGUAAAUACAUGGAGAUUAUUGAAGAAAGAGUUUUAAAGAUAAAUAACGGUGAAUUCGAAAUAGAUUCCUGGAAAAUUGGGUUUAAUCCAUUUUUAGAGAAGUCUGGUAAUAUAUUUUCAAGAGAAUCUACUGAUAGAAAUCCAAUUCAUGUGCCACAUAAAGACCUAAGUGAUUCAUCUCGGAGUCUAGAAAGCACUUUAAUAUAUGGUCCUACAGAAAAUAAGGCAAAUAAAUCUCACUACUUAUUCUACUAUUGGAUUGCCAAAAAUUUAAUACCUAAAAACAACGAUUUAAUUUCAAACUUCUACAUUCAGAGAAGAAAUUCAUCACCCAGAAAAUUAUCUCCGAAAAGAGUAGUAAAGAAAUCACCUUCAAAAGCUCAAACUGUGCAAAAGAAUAAUCUUGAUUCAUUUUUGAGUAAGCAUGCAUCACCAAUAAAAAUCCAAAUAGGUACGAUUUUUGAUAAUAACAAAUCAAAACCAUAUACAACCAAUGAGGAUGACUCGCCAGUUAUACAGCCUCAUAAAGAAGUCAGAAGAAAACUAUUCGUGGAGGAAAUCGAAGAUGAUUACUAUCAUUGGAGUAGUGAUUCAGACUCACCAAUCGUAUAUGAGCAAAAUGAUAUCGUAAAUAAGAUUAAACUUAGUCCAAAGAAAGAAAGAAAUCACGCAGUCAUAGAUUUAACGGAAGAUAAUAAUUUCAUUGCAAGUAAUGAAAAUUCUCCUUUGAAAGAAAAAAAACUCAGUUCAGAAGUGUACAAUAAACCUAACAUUUUAUCGAAAGAAGCACAAAGUUUCGCUCCAAAUAAACCAGAAGUACAUGUUCCUAUGCUUAACAAAAGCAUAUCUUUUUUAGAUGACAUUACUACAGGUUUAUCCUUCAGCUAUCAGAGCUCUAGCAGUAAUGGAACUGCAUCGCCUAAAUGA